AUGAAAUUUAAUUGUUAUCGUCUGAUACUUAUGAACAAUAAACUGCUUCGCUUUCCUCAUGUUCGACAUUCACACAUCCAUGAUGAAGUGCUGCCAAUGAAAAAAAUGAAUAUUACAUCAUAUGCUUCAGUUGGAAAUCGUAAUACAAUUAUAUCAAAAAUUGAAACAAUAGUAACAAUUUGCGGUGGUUACGUUGAUGAUUUCAAUUUUUUCUCGGAUUUGGCUGUUACUCUACGAAUAUUGGGUAUUAGACAACCAGAUACAUUAAAACAAUUUUAUCAACGAUUAAAAUUAGAUACUCAAGAGUUACGAUUAGAUGAUGAAACAAUCAAUGUAUUAAACAAUGGUUCUUCCAGCAUUGAUCGAUACUCACUUUUCAUCCUAUUUCAAAUAUUAUUCAUUGAUGCUAAAGGCGAUUUAAGACAAAAUGUGCCUGCUGUCAAUAGUUGA